GAGAGAAAGUGUGAUUCUCCGGCACCCAAGAAUGGUGGGGCGUAUUGUGUUGGGGAGAGUACGGACACUCGAGCAUGCCUUCACGCCUUCUGUCCCGUUGAUGGUCAAUGGGGAGCUUGGGCACCUUGGAGCUCAUGCUCCUCAACUUGUGGAGCUGGUCUACGACAACGUACUCGCAAGUGUGACUCACCACCACCUAGCAAUGGCGGCAAACAUGAUGUCUAUGGUGUUAGUUGUGCAACGAAAUAAGGAAGGAAUGGAAGUGCUGGAUGCUUCCAUUCAAGGCCUAAAUUCGAAUUACUGUGUUCGGAUUCGUUUUACUGUUGUUUGUUAG